AUGGCUACCGUCGUUGUCCAACAACCACCCCUCCUUCGGCACUCCAGCACUCCGCCACCCCUGGGAGCGACCUUGACUCUGAAUAGACCUUCAACACCUGUACCUAACAAGCACUUACCAUAUUGCCCUCCUGGUCCUGUACCUUCACAAUCCCAGAUCACUCCUCCAAACUCGCCCCCUCUUCGAACCGUUGCCCCCAGACCUACAUCACUACUCCAUCCACCAACGGCAUACCACAAAUUAUGCAACUCUCCACCCAUCUAUGCUUUGAAUGGUGAGGAAUUGGCCGAAGCUCUUCACCACCAUUCUUCACAGCCACUACCCAGCCCAACCUCGGUGUUCCCCUGGCUCCAUGGCCUCCAUCCCGAGAAUCAUAUUCAACUAGCUUUUUUCGUCGCUAGGAAAAAGUCGUUGCGAAGAAUUCCAAAGUGCCUAAGAGGUAUUACAAUAAUUAAAGCCGGUGGGGAUUUGAGUCGUUCCAAAAUCAACGGUGCCAUCGCUCCUGAUGAGAUUCUCAAUCUUUCUGAAGGUAAUGGUCGAGGUUUUGUCGAAUGUGACCCCCGAGAAGGAUUCUCCGUUCGCAAUUUCCAUAUCCAAGCUGCAAAGUUGGCGUUGGUCUCGGAUAUAGUCAUCUAUGGUGAUGAAGAUACCGAUCAUCGUAUUCUCAAGUCUGUGGCUGAACGAACAGCUGCCGUUCAAAAGCGAUGGCGAAAAGAAUUGGAGAACAGUGGUCAAUGUCCUGAGACAUUCCAUACUUUUGUCCUCACCGAGCACUUCCAAGACUUCGAACAAAAACAUCCUGACUUGGUGUCCAUCGAUUCGCAAGGAAGAUAUGCUGACCAUACUCUGGACUUCCUCCAACAAGAAAGAAGAGAGAUGUGUGCCAUGUCAAAAGCAUCGGAGAUUUCUCGAGGUGUGUUUCAAGGCCCAUCACCAGGACCACAUACCUUACCGCCAUCCACCCUUGACGAUCCCACCUUUGACCUGUACGUCGAAGCCAGUGAUCAUGCUACGCUCCCGGACGACAGACUAUUGGCUGCCAAACGUAGACUGUUGGAAACUCGAGAAGAUGAUGAUCCAGUACAUGUGUCUUUUCCCAGUUCUGGAAGCAUACUUCCUCCUUCAUGGUCGCAUGCCGAGGCUGACGGUAUAUUGCGCAUGUGCAAAUGGCUUUAUGAAUUGACCCAUAAUGUGAAGCCAGUCGGCGGUACAAGAGAUCAAGAUGGUGACAUCCAAAUGACUGAAAUGGCAUCACCGGCCAGGAAAAUUCUACUACACUGUGCCGACGGUUACACCGAAACAUCCAUGCUUGCCGUCGCAUAUUUCAUGUAUGCCGAAGGAGUGCCCUUGCAUGAAGCAUGGAUUCGAUUGCAUUGCGAGAAGAAGAGAAACUUUUUCGCCUAUCCUUCCGAUGUCGCUUUGUUGAGUGCCAUUCAGGAUCGUAUCUUAAAGGAGAGUCCUAAGGCCUGUGAACGAUCGGCAGUAAUACCUGAAGCGCCAGCCUGGUUGGCAAAAUUGGAUGGCAGUCUUCCAAGCAGGAUCCUACCAUACAUGUACCUCGGUAACCUGACUCAUGCUAAUAAUCCCGAGAUGCUUCGACUACUCGGCAUACGGCGCAUCCUUAGUGUGGGUGAACCGGUGUCUUGGAACGAAGCUGAGGUCAAAUCCUGGGGUCGAGACAACUUGUUGAUGAUUGACCGAGUUCAGGACAAUGGAAUUGACGAGUUGACAACUGAAAUGGAACGAUGUCUCGAAUUUAUCGGCAAGGGGAAGUCAGAUGGCACAGCCACCUGUUUCGUUCGCGCUCGUCGUUUGAACGUUAUAAUCCAACCUCAUCUCAGAUUUGUCUACGAGUUGAUGAAAUGGGAUGAGCGUCAGCAGAUCAAGAGAAAAGAGCCACUCAACCGAGAAUUGGAGUGGCCUACUGUGUCACGAGAGAUUGCGGCUAUGAAUCGACCAUAUGCUCGGACUUAA